UUUAACCAUAGGAAAGGAAUUCAUUUUCAUUUUCUUUUCGUAUUUCGCUUCAGGAUACUAGCUACCAUCUCUGUGAGAAUAGAAAUCAUCAGUAUUGUUUUAGUUGAUGUUCGAUGUGAAUAGUUUCACAUAAAUAGGGAAAUAUUUUAUUGCAACAAUUAGAUUGAUAUCAAGAUGCAUGGAUGAAAGUUUAAAGUUUGUCAAAGGAAAAACAAUACAAAUUUUUGGUUCACAUAUAUAAAUAAUCUGCUGGUUAUACAUAAUACCAUUCAAUCGUCGGAUGAAUACGAUAUCGUGGAAAUCAAACUCUUUUAAUAAUUACGAUUUUCGUCGAUACUGAACUGUGAAUUUUUUGCACGAAGCUUCAAAAUGGCUAAUGCGGUGGCAGCGACUCCGAUGGAAAUUGACGAAUUCAUUAAUGGUGCACUAGUUUCUUGGCUUGAGUCCUGUCUACCACGUCCAGAAGUUCUUACUGGCUAUACUUCUCUGCUAGAUGGAAAUAUCAUACAUAGUGUUUGGCUGCAAAUUGAUCCUGAACCUCAAAACCACCUAACAGAUAUUGGAGAUUUAGUGGGUGUUUCCCUGUGCAUGGCCCGUUCAAAGAAUUUUGAAUGCAUCGCUAGAAACAUUAAAUCUCUAUUUGAGGAAGAGCUCGAACACACUAUUCUAGUUUUACCAGAUGUAUACAUAUUGGGCUACCAUCCGGAAUCCAAACAAGGUUUGGAACAAAUGAGGACUUUGCUAACAUUAUUGCUUGGAGCUGCCGUGCAGUGUCCUAAUCGAGAAAUAUUUAUUGGUCGUAUAAAAAUGUUGGACGUUGAAACUCAGCAUGCUAUUGUUGGACUUAUUAAGCAAGUUACGGAGGAACAAAGUCUAGUUCUUACAAAAGAAUCUGUGAAUUUGCUCACCCCUAUAAACAUGUACAAUCAUAUACUGCGAUUAUCAAAAGACCGGGACGCCAUUUAUCUUCGUUGGAUUUCUACAAUGUACACCGAGUCUGAUUUAAAUAUGAGCGCAUGUGGGGAUGACACAUUAAAUAUACCAUCAUCGCCACUAUCCAGUGCCAUGAGCUCCUCUUGCCUUUCCGAUAAUAACAAGGCUGUGGAAAUAGCGGAUUUAAAAUCGAAACUUCGCAGACUACGACAAGAAUUAGAGGAAAAAACUGAAGCCAUUCUUGAAUUGAGGGAUGAGGCACAACAUAAAAAGGCUAUUUAUGAUAACUUACGUACAGAAAGUCAGGAAUGGUAUGCCGAAGCGAAACGCGCAUUAGUCUACCGUGAUGAAUUGGAUGUCUUGAGAGAGCGGGCGGAGCGCGCCGAUUAUUUAGAAAUAGAAAUCCAAAAGUUGAAGGAAAAACUUGCUGACGCCGAAUUCUACAAAACGCGAGUCGAAGAAUUACGUGAAGAUAAUCGCAUGUUAUUGGAAACAAAAGAAAUGCUUGAAGAACAGCUUCAAAGAGCAAGAAAGCGAUCUGAACAUGUAAUGACUUUGGAGUCGGAGAUUAUUAAGUAUAAACAAAAGAUUAACGACAUGUCUUUAGAAAGAAAUGCGGAACGUUCAAAAUUAGAAGAAUUGUUGGAGGAGAAUACUCAACUACAAUUAGCUAAUAAAAAUCUUAAUACUUCACACAAGAUUGAUAGUGCUUUCUCGGAAGAUGAUGUUAACUCGGGUGAUAAUAGUUUGUCAGAACAACUUACAAAUGAUUCACAGACUCGAAUUAUAAAACUAGAAUUGAAAAAUAAGCAACUGACAGCUGCACUAGAGAAGAUAAAGGAGGAAUCUUUCCAUGAGUCCGCAAACAAAAUACUAGAACUUGAGAAGGAUAAGAAGAAACUAUCCCUGAAAGUUGACCAGCUAGAAGAGAAUAUCCAACGUUUAACCCAACAGAACACAGAUUUAGAAAAUAUAUUCAAAAGCGCAUUAGAAGAAAAUAAAAAGCUGCAAGACACCAUGGAUGAUCGGCAAAAGUCAUACGAACAUCAAAGUCAAGAGCAUGAAUUCGAACGCACAAAAUUUAAGGACCUGGAGCAACAUGUUGAAUCAUUAAACAAAGAAAAACAAAAUUUACAAACCCUAAAUGAAAGUAUACAACGUCGCGCUGAUGACUUGGCCCGUUUACUAGAAAUGCGCGCCAAGGAAAUUGAGCAGCUGAAGGAACGCUCUCAGGAAGUUAGUAAGGUCAAAGAACAAGUUUUUGAUUUAGAAGCUAGACUAAGCACAAGGGAACGAGAAAAUUCUGGUCUUUUAAAAGAUAUUUUAAAGUUGAAGCAAGACUCCGAAGAGAAGUCGGUUCAAUUAGAUGAGUGUACAGAAAAGUUCGAGGCGCAAACCAAAGAGCUUGAAUUACUCUCACAAGAACUGAUAGAUGUUGGGCCACUUCAGCAAAGAGUCGCAGAACUGGAAAUUCAAAAUCAAAAUUUGUUAUCACAACGUGAUAUUGAUUUAGAGACAAUAGCAGCACUGCGCAAUGAUAUAGUCUCUGGAACUUUAGCCACCAAUAAAGUAAGUAAAGUGAGACAAAAUUUAGAAAAGCUGGGAUUGGGUGGGAGCGACCAAGAUGAUGGUAAUGACGAACUGAAUGUUGAAACCGUUGUUGAAAAGUUAGUUCGCAAUCCCGAAACCUUCAAAACAGUGCGGGAAAUUAUGUUGAACGUCUCGAAGGAACAAUGUCAAAAUUCUAAGUCCAAUAUGUGUGUACUAUGUCAUCGUAAAGAAAUCUACACCGUGGAAAAAAAUAUAGAAAUCUCUUCCAAUAAUGAGCCACAAGAGCUAAGUUUUGAGCAUAUAAUUACUUUAAAUCCACAAAACAGUCUCGAUGACACUGAAAUGGUGCGUCUUCAGAAAGCCAAUGCUGAUUUGAACACACGUUAUGCGGUACUACAAUCUGCUAAUAUGCGAUUGGAAGCCGAGAGAGUGAAAUUUGACGUAGACAUGGUAGCAUUGGGAUCCCAGAUAACUUCACUUAAUACGCAGCUGAUCGCCUUACAAGUGGCAAAUUCGCAACUUGCUUCUGACAAAGAUCAAUUGAUAAAGCAAUUUGAAUCUAUAAAACAAGAAAAUAUAAAUCUGCAACAUGAUCUAUUGGCAUUGAAAGCUUUGCAUGAUCAGCUUUCAACCGAAUACGAAUCAAUUGCAAAUAACAAGGAACAAAUAAGAAUGAUGCUCCGCGAAUGUCGGAACGAAAGUCGUGAUUUACGUGGAAACAUAACGAAAUACGAAGAAAAAAUUGAGGUGUUAGCAAAGGAGAAUGAGGCUUUGAAAAGAUGUUCAGCUGACCUAAGCAUAUUACGCACUGAGCACUCCAAACUGACUGACGAUUUUCGAAAUUUGUUCCGUUUUAAAAACGAGUAUAAGAAUAUACAGGAACAGUAUAAAAUGAUGCGUGCUGAUAACAGUAAACUAAAGAGACAAAAUGCCGAACUAAUGCGUGAGGUGGAUUCCAGGUCAGAUCUUGUCAGAGCCAUAGAAACUGAUACCACAUACUAUGCACAACAAUGUGAAAUUUUGCUGCAAACCAAUGUACAUUUAGAUAUAGACCGUAAAACUCUGAUGGAAAAUGUUUCACAGCUACUAUCGCAGUAUCACGAACUACUCUCUCAUUCUCUAGAGGAUAAACAACAUUUUCGAGAAGAAGAGAAAAGCUACACGGAACGUUUACAUAACCUGAGCCGUCAGAAAGAAAAGUUAGAAGAAAAAAUAAUGGAGCAUUAUAAGAAGCCAGAAGUUAUCAUACCAAAAAAGAAACCUUUUGCGAGUAGCAUUGUGCGGCGUGUAAAGAAAGCGGGAUCCGACUUUAUAAAUAAAGUGCCAACAAGCAGGAAUCGACGUUCUUGGAUCGAUGAGUCUCGUCUCACGCAGUCGCAAUUCACAAUUGGUUCUGAUGGUAACGAUUCUGACAACAGUACAGAGGCACCAAUUUCCAUUGCUUCGGAUACACACUUGCUCCAACGUAACUUGCCUAUGCGCCAGAGUUUGCAGCGCGACCUAAUGGAUAACACACUUUCACGUGGCGGUGUGCGGAGUAGUUUACAAGCGCAAAAACGCACGGAUUUGAAUAGUUCUCGUAGAAAUAGCGUGCACGGUCUUGAGGCGCCAGAUGUGACUGGCAGUAGUUUGACACUGGGUACAGCCGGGUCUCGGCGUACUGUGUAUUUAAUCGACGAACAUCAAAAGAUACCCGAAUCAAAUAGCAGUAGCAACGAUAUUGGAGUGAGCAGUCAUUUGUCAACUUCCAAUUCCCCACUAAAUACAAGUGCCUACUCGACGUCUACCAACUUGCCGGGUGACACCUACUUAGAGGGUAGUGGGGCGAGUGCUGCCGAACCUCAGACACCUACAAAUCUGACACCAAUUCCUCAAGCAGAUAAUCCAACUACAUUCCUUAUGUACAAUCGUAUUAAUACGACAAUUGGUGGUAGUACCAGUGCUGAAAACAACGUGUCCGCGGGUACAUCACGUGAUUCCACGCUAACACCUAACAAUAGUAGCUCAACAACGAUUGGUGCUACGCCUGAUGACAAAUUGCGAAAACGCACUGAUGAUAAAAGCAAUAGUAUAUGGUAUGAGUAUGGAUGCGUAUAGACAAUAAGAGUAAAAAUAUAAACAUAUGCAGUUGUGGCUAGACUUAAAUGUAUGUAAUCGAAUAUUGUAUUGUAUGGGUAUGCGGAUAAAAGUAUUAAGUUAUAAAAAUUAUUUAUGUAAGCUUCCAAUUCUUUUCUGUAUCGUUGUGUAUUCGAUAUGAAACGAGUAUAUAUGUAAGAUCAAGAUCAUACUACUAGUAUUUAAGUAAAAACAAAAAAUAGAUUUUUAUAGAAAUAGAAAAUUAUUCAGUUCUUCCAUAAAAAACCUGAAGGACUUUUUAAAGUAAAAAUUGUUGGCAGCUGUAAUUUUUGAAGCUUCACUUUUUAAAUGAUAUUUUUCUUUCCAAACAUCACUGCAUUUAUUUACGCGAAAGUAUUAACGAAGGGCUAUAUAUCGAAUUUAAUAAAAAAAAAAUGCAUUGAUCCUUAUUUCAAGUAAUCAUUGUGACCAUCCAUC